GAAUUUUGGUACCCUCUCGGCUUCCAACUGCUUUCAACCUGCGCAACUCCGAGGACUUCCCAAGCUUCAUCAUGGAAUCAAGACAAGAAGCAAAAACCGAAACGUUCAAGCCCUUGAACACCCCCAUCCAAACAGCACAACCCAACAACAUGGUCUACACCGACGACAAAGGCGUCCAACACAGUAUAUACCUCCCGCAAGGCACCUUGCACACAGCCUCGGACCACCUGCAAAACAAGCGAUGGGACGAGCUUGCCAAGUUCGAGCCGUACACGAAUCAAGGAUAUACCGAGGAUGAUUUUAGGGCGUUUAGAGAGGUGGACAUGGAACAAGGACAAGAAGAGUAGAUGUUGUGGAGGAGGUAGGUAGGUAGGUAGGUAGGUAGGUUGGGAAAGGUACAUAGGUCGUCAUCUAGAGAGGGACGGACCUCAUUCACCGAAUAACCAUACUUAACCUCUUGGCUUUUGUUGUGAACGCGAAACGUGGAAGUGCGCAAAAGAGAAAGCUUCGUGAAGCAACAACGCAAAGCUUUUGUUGCAAGUGCGAUGACAGCUGUGAAAUGUUGAGACUCUGUUGCCUGGGAGGAACUAUGAGGGAUAGAGUUGACUACUACCCUCUUUGUACGUGAUGCA